UAUGACUAUGAACAAUCAUGACAUAAGCUAACAUUAGAAGAGAAGGGAUUUUACUGUGUUCUCUCUACAAAGCACACAGUGGUUUGACGGACCAUUUUCUCACCCCAAAAGAACAUCAAAUCCACAAUGUUUCCUCUGCAUCUACUCCUGCUGAUAUCUGGAACACUGGCUAUGAAUUGCUCAAAUUCAGACAAUACCUUUUAUUUCAACACCACAACUGGGGUGAUUUCAAUGACAAUGAAGAUUCUACAAGAGAAUAUCACCAUCGACGAUAAAGCUGAGGAUUCUCUGAAAUGCUAUUGGGCGUCCAGGGAAAGCUAUGUUGAUUGCACCUCGAUGAAUGUGACCUCAAUGAACCUAACUGACUGUCGGACGGUGCAGAUUUCUUUUGUCAGUCACUCAAUCAGCAAGUUAAUCUUCAACAUAUCUUCGUCCACGUGUGAAGUCACCAAUUGUACAGAGACAGCAAUCAAUGCCCUUUUGAGAGAGAUACAAGACCAUCCCGGUGGAGGUCCAAAGAAACUUAGAAAGAUCUUGAACAUACGAAGUAUGUGUGCAGACCUGUUUAAUAACAAUCGGACCAUGGGCAUGAUGUUUAUUGACAUUGAACGGGGCCUCAUACACAGCAUCAUGAACAUCUCAUUCACUGGAGAGUCUGUGCACUACAACCUCAGGGAUCUGGCUCUGACUGUGUUCAACCUGGCCAACCUAACCAGUGCCGAUGACAAGAUGGUGCACAUAACAGCUCCAGAGCUCUUCCCUGAGAACAACUCUUACAUUUCGGAAAUAUGGAUCCCUAUUGAUGCACUCCAGAACAUCCCAGAGGGAAAAAGGAAAGUGGGCAUGGUCACCUAUAAAUCACCCAAUGAGUUCUUGUUUAAAGAGGAACUCGUGAGAACCAGGGUCAUGCGGAUAGAGAUGGAGGGCAGACGACUUAAGAACUUGACCACUCCACUGAAGAUGAAGUUCAAAUUGCUUGACCCUAUAAUACCAGUGAAUUACAGCCUGUCAUGUCAAUAUUUCAAUGAAUAUGGUACUCUCUUCCACACUGGGAACAUAAGCCUCCCAGACACUGUCUUUUGGAAGACGGAUGGAUGCGUUACUAAGAUCAACGACAGCGUGGUGGAGUGCAUCUGUAACCACGCUACGCCGUUUGCCGUGCUGCUGAUCUCUGACCUAUCUGUUGGCGGUGUGCACUGGCAGGUCUUGUCUUACAUCAGCUACAUUGGCUGUGGCUUGUCUGCCUUCUUCACCGCCGUAUCCUUCCUCACCUACGUCACCACCACAAACUCCAGGGGGGACAAUGCCAACAGCAUCCACGUGUCACUGAGCGGGGCUUUCUUUCUGCUCAACACCUCUUUCCUGCUCAACGAGUGGGGGGCCAGCCUGGACAUCAGGGGCGUGUGUAUCUUCAUUGCGGUGGCCAUUCACUACAGCCUCCUCAGCUGUUUCACCUGGAUGGCCAUUGAAGCUGUCCACCUGUAUCUCCUCCUGGUCAAGGUGUUCAACACUUACUACCGACACUAUAUGGCCAAGCUGUCUGUCAUUGGCUGGGGGGUCCCUGGUAUCAUUGUGGGAGUUUCAUUGGCAGUCAAGGAUAUCAAACCGUUAUAUGGACCUACAAAAAUGACUAUGGCAGAAACUAACCAGACGAAUACAAUCUGCUGGAUCAUGGACACCCCCUUCUUCUACUGUAUGAACGUUGCCUACUUCACCCUCAUCUUUGUCUUUAACUCUGGAAUUCUGUUAACGGUGACCACCCGGAUCUGCCAGCUGCAGUGCUAUAGCAGUAAGGGCAAGCCUGGGAAGGCAAGCCUGGCCUGGAAGGACAUCUGCACCGUCCUGGGUCUGACCUGCCUGCUGGGCAUCACCUGGGGCCUGGCCUUCCUCAGCUACGGCUAUGUCAACCUUCCCAUCCUCUACCUGUUCAGCAUUUUCAACUCCCUUCAAGGAUUCUUUAUAUUCCUAUGGAUCUGUGGCACUGCCAGGAAAGACAGGGAGCAGGUGGCGAAAAACAAGAUCACAUCAGCAGCUCUACACACCUCUACAGCCAAACCCAAGGAGGAGAUGUAUCCUGGCAACAACCCCGACCAGUAAACAAU